AUGCCAAAGCUGACAUUUAUUGGAAGGGUCUCUGAUGGCAUGAUGCUAUGUGAAACAUAUGAAGAUAUGCAAAAAGAAUCUUUCGAGCUUAAAGGGCUUGCAAAAAAAGUCAUGAAGAAAUUAAAUCGAGCUCCAGAUGCUUGCAUCCUAGAAACUGAACUCAAUCACACAUUUUAUUAUAAAAUCGUCGACGGGGUGUGCUUUUUGACUUGCGCAGAAGGAAAAUACCCUAGAAAACUAGCUCUAGCGUUCUUAGAUGAAAUUAUUGGAGGAUUUCAUGAAGAAUUGAAAAAGCAAUGGGGAACUGGUGAAAGUGUCGAUUUUAGGUCCAAAAUUGAGACGAUUGAAAGGCCGUAUUUUUUCUUGAAAUUUGAUAGGUUCAUUAAGAAAAAAAGGCAGCAAUACUUAAGCCCAAAUAGUGACAUGAUUGAUGUGCAAAAAGAACUUGAGGAUGUCAAAACAAUUAUGAGGCAAAAUAUUGACACUUUACUCGAAAGGGAUAUCACACUUGUGAAUAUACAGAGCAUGGCCCACAAGCUCAGAGACGACUCUAAAAAGUUCGCUGAUAAAUCAAAAACACUAAACAUGAUGAUGUGGAUCCGAAAGUAUGGGCCGUUUAUUGCACUUUUCCUUAUUAUUGUACUUGGGCUUUAUCUUAAAUUUGGAUAA